AUGGGUCGGCGAAAGCGCACCGAGCCUCCUAAAGAAUCCGUUGCCGCUUCACAGUCUGCCAAGAAAACGGAUACCAAAUCACAAAGAUCGAAAAGCCGCCAGCUAGCCGUCCACAACGUCCGCCCAGCCGCAAAAGUCGCCGUGUUGAAGGAUUACCCCCUGAGGUCACGACCCAUUGAUGCCACAGGCUCGGCGCUGGCGCCCGAAGCCGCAUCCAAACCCAAGGCCAAGACCAAGACCAAGUCCCAGUACAAGCCAAAGAGAAAGUUCAGGAACCCUCCGCCUCCAUAUCCAGGCCACAACUCCGGAGUCGAUUCCCCCGUUGUCGAAAGCCCGGAGAAGCUCACGCACACGGAGACCAACGUCGAGAAAGCAACCCAACCCGAACACCUAGCCGUGACCGGAGAUAAAUCAAAUCAUACAGAACACCAAGACGUAGUCGAAGCAGCAUCACUGCUGCCAGCAGUCCCGCGAUCGGCAUACAGCGACCCAACGGAACACUGGGUCAUGAACAGCGCUCAGCCUGGGCAAACCGCUGUCGCGGAUGCCCCAGCCAUACAGUCUCUAAGAGGCACACCUGCAUAUCAACCCGCCGCAUCCAUCGGGUCCCAAAUGCGUGCACAGGGACAAAAGAAGGGCUCUGUAGCGAAGACGACACAGCCAUCCACGAGAGAUGACACUGGCACAACGAGCUACGUAUACAAAAGGUCAAACUUUCCCCACAAGCUGGAGUGCAUGUCUGUAACGGUGCAGCUGUUCAUGAAAGAGUAUGAUGAGAGCAUAGAUGAAGCAGGCGUGGAUGACUCGACCAGGGAUUUAUUGGAAAACCUCAAGGCCGAAUCUCACGACCCUACAACCGAUGAGCGUUACAAGAACCAAGUUCUGCGACAGACUAUCGAGCGGCUGCAAUUCAAGAAUGAGCCCUACGUCAUAGCCGAGCUCCAUGAUCUCGUCUGCCCUCCAGCGGAACGCCUCUCGGGUGUCUAUGACAGGGAUGUCGAGCUCCGCUCAACGUACAGACUCUUUGUUGACGCUCGGAAUGAGUCGUGGACAAGAGCACCUCGGCUGCUAGACAGGUUCCCAGCCCCUAAGCCGGACUAUUGCGUUGGCUUCGGUGCCCGGGCUUUCUUGGCCCCUGAAUGGGCUCUGCUUGCUACAGUGCCCAGCAAUUCGUCCAACUUUGCAGCAACAGACUACAUGCACUUCCCAUUUCUGACCUGCGAGGUGAAGUCUCAUAAAGAAUCGAUAUCCGUGGCGGAUAAACAAAACGCGUACAGCAUGAUGGUGGCAGUCUCGUCCACUGUCGAUCUUUUUCGGGCUGCGAAGAUGGAGAGAAGCGUCCAUCGGAAGGUCUUGGGGUUCUCGAUAUCUUACGACAACAAGAACGUAGUUGUGGAUGGAUGGUACCCUAUCAUCGUCGGCCAAUGUACAGAGAUCUACCGAACUCGGAUACACGAUUUUACAAUCCGGGCGGGAAGCGCCGACAGGUGGCAAUCGUGGCACUACGUCCGCAACAUCUACGAGGUGUGGGCCCCGGAGCACCGGGCGCGUCUCCGCGUGGCCAUCAACUCGCUGAAGCUCACCAUCAACAUGGCCGGUCUGAGGAACAGGGACGAGCAGACGCCGACGCCCUCCGAAUCUGCGCACAGAGGGCUGGAGCAGCUCGGCCUGCAGAGCCCCAGGCCGCAAGCGGGCCGGGCGGACAGCGUCAGCGUGUUCAGCGCUCAAUCUCGAAGAAGGCGGGCCGUGACAGCGCCGCUUGGCGGCGACGAGUCUCCAAAACGGCCAAGAAUCCAGUUCGGUGACUGGCGAGACGAACCAGACGUGGUCAAGAAAUCGAUGCACAUGAUUUGUGCACAACACAAAGCCAUUGUUUCUCAGGAUAACCUUGACCGCGAUCUUGAGAUUCAAUACUCAGCUACCGGCGCCUGGCACCAGCAUACCCAAGGCGCUGCUGCUAUUGUUGAACUACAGGGAGGGUGGGAUAAAUACAUUCUCUCAUCUGGUGAUGCACCUCAUAUUGCUUUCCACUUCAUCACAGUUGAAAUCAUGGGCGGUACGACAAGCAAUGCAAGACACCUCAAAAAAUCUCCAAAGUGGCCAUAUGAUCUCAUAACAAGCUUCCCAAAUUGGGAUCGUAUCACCGUAGCUUCCUGCUGCCCUUGUCCCAAAGCUCUCUUCGAGGCCAUCGCUCAAACCAACCUUCUCAGAGCAUCGUUGUGCAACAACGGCUCUGGUAGCAUCCAACUAACGGAUGAAGAAACGGGUCAAAGCAUCCGCUCCAUCAUUGCUAAGAUCGCCAACUUCUCACCUCAAUCGUGGUUGGCAGACCUAACCACAACCAUCCAUUUCCAGCUGUCCAGCCCGGACUGGCUUGCGUUGAUCUCUUGCUACCAUGCCGCCACGCUGCUCUACUGCCUCCGCACCCUCGUCUUCGAGCCUUCCUUUGAUGAUCCGGCAAUCCUGUCCUCCAUUCUCGAGGACAUAUUCGGCACGACGGUCGCCGAAACCCUACGGAUUGGCGCGUUGAGAGCGCUCUUCCACCAUCUCGGCUGCCCGUUGUAUUCGUUCGGAGCUGCGGGUCUAAAGGCUGAUAGUGUGGCUUGGAACGUGGUCGUUUGGCCGCUGUUCAUCGCGGGAUUCGAGGCUAGUGGCGAGGGCCUGACGAGCGCAGAGGCUCGCGAAAUGAAGGCGUUUGUCUCAGACAAGUUGCGGCACGUGACGAUGCUGUUGGGCUCGAGGAGCGUGUCGGAUGCGCAGAGGUUGUUGGAGAAAUGCUGGGCGAGCAGGGAGAUUGGCGGCGGUACUGGGCUGGACGGUGGGCCCACGUGGGAUGAGUCUUUCCCAGAACGGUUCGUGUUCAUAUCAAGUUUCUAA